AUGGCCGACAUGAACCAAGAGUCCAUCCAACAGAAGAUCCAGAUCGCCCGCCGCGAUGCUGAGGCCCUCAAGGACAGGAUAAAGCGCAAGAAGGAUGAGCUUGCUGACACCACACUUCGUGAUGUCGCGCGAGACCGUGUCGAGGCUCUACCGCGCCUGACCAUGAAGACGAAGCGGACGCUCAAGGGCCAUCUCGCCAAGAUCUACGCCAUGCACUGGUCGACUGACCGGAGGCAUCUCGUCUCGGCCUCGCAGGACGGAAAACUCAUCAUCUGGGAUGCGUACACAACGAACAAGGUCCAUGCCAUUCCUUUGCGAUCCUCCUGGGUCAUGACCUGCGCCUACUCGCCGUCUGGCAACUACGUGGCUUGCGGUGGUCUCGACAACAUCUGCUCCAUUUACAACUUGUCUGCCCGGGAAGGACCAACGCGUGUGGCACGGGAGCUCUCUGGCCACUCUGGAUAUCUCAGUUGCUGCCGAUUCAUCAGCGACAAGCGCAUCCUCACUUCCUCUGGCGACAUGACCUGCGUGCUUUGGGAUCUGGAAACCGGCUCCAAGGUGCACGAGUUUGCCGACCAUCUUGGCGAUGUAAUGAGCUUGAGCAUCAACCCUCUCGACAACAACCAGUUCGUGUCUGGUGCUUGCGACGCCUUCGCCAAGCUGUGGGAUAUCCGUCAGCAAAAGUGUGUGCAGACCUUUGCUGCUCACGACUCAGACAUCAACGCCAUCCAAUUCUUCCCCAACGGCAACGCUUUCGGUACUGGAUCAGACGAUGCUUCAUGUCGCUUGUUCGAUAUCCGUGCCGAUCGCGAGCUGGCAUCGUAUCAGAUUCCCGAGCCCGUCUGCGGGAUCACAUCAGUCGCCUUCUCCGUCUCCGGAAGAUUGCUGUUUGCAGGUUACGACGAUUUCGAGUGCAAGGUUUGGGAUGUACUACGCGGCGAGCGCGUCGGCACACUGCAGGGACAUGACAACCGAGUCAGCUGUCUCGGUGUAAGUAACGAUGCACUCAGUCUCUGCACCGGUUCCUGGGACUCGAUGCUGCGUAUCUGGGCAUGA